UUUCUCGCCGGCGCCUGGGAUCGAACCCAGGACCACAGGAUCACAAGUCCAGUGUGCUGUCCACUCAGCCGACUGGCUCCCUGAUAGAUAUAUAUCUAUAGAAGUGAUACACUGACAUUGUAAAAUCUUGAACAAACUUGAACAAGACCGGAUAGAUAUAUAUCUAUAGAAGAGAUACACUGACAUUGUAAAAUCUUGAACAAACUUGCCACAGUGUUUGUUUUACAUAUUUACAAAGUUUUACAUGCACUAAAUCUCCUGUUGGGAACUACAUGUUGAGGAGUACAUAUGUACUGUAUAUAUGUUUUACACUUGAUAACUCACAGGACAUAUUGUAUAGUAUAUUUUAAGUCUAGCAUAUUUUAUAAUAUAAUAAGCACAAUAUUUUACUAUUUAUGAAUCAACCAUACCAUCAAUUUACAAAUCAGAUUUUCCAUUCUCGUAUGUCUUGACAAUUCAGUUGCUUUAUAUUUCUACCAAAUUGGAUUUUUCUCUGUAGCUUAUUUGAUAUUCUGGGCUAUCUGUUGACAACAGAGGUACCACUAUAACCUGAUUGUCUCUGCUGGCUACAGUGUUGUAACUUGUGUUAUUUACAGAUCCCAAAAUCCAAGUAUUUGGCACCUUUUAACAUUUCCUUUAAUAAUACACAAAAACUGCAUUUUAAAAAACCAUAUCAUGAAUAUGUAUUACUUAGAAUUUUCUGUAAUAUUUAUAAAGCAUACAAGAAUUUAAUAAUAAAUAAUAAUAAUCAUAAUCAUUGUCUACAAGACUUCAGUAAUCAAAUGUAGUAAAUUUCUUUAGAUAAUAAUAUUUAAGUUCUUGGAUCAACUAACUUUAAAGAUUUUUAAAUUGAAGUAAACUACAAAUGUUUCUUCAAAAGAAAAAUCUAAUCAGUGUUGAAUAUUCAAAAAUAUUAUGUUAAAAGUCUCAUAUAAUAGCCUACAAAAAAUGUACAAAGAAAAAAUCUGUGUUAAAUAUUCAUUGUCUAAAACUGUGUUCAGAAAUACUCCAAAGCUAAAUAUGAGUGCCCAUUCAGGAGAGAAACUGUAUCACUGUUCAGAGUGUCUAAAAGACUUCUCCAAAAUAUCAGCCCUAAAAUCACACAUGAGGAUUCAUACAGGGGAGAAACCAUAUCACUGUUCAGAGUGUCUAAAAGAUUUUUCACAAAAAUCACAUCUAAUAUCUCACAUGAAGAUUCAUACAGGAGAGAAACCAUAUCCCUGUUCAGAGUGUCUAAAGGAUUUUUCAACAAAAUCAAGUCUUGAUAGACACAUUAGGAUUCAUACAGGAGAGAAACCAUAUCACUGUUCAGAGUGUCUUAAAGAUUUUUCAGAAAAAUCGAGUCUUGAUAGACACAUUAAAAUUCAUACUGGAGAGAAACCAUAUCACUGUUCAGAGUGCCAUAAAGAUUUUUCAGAAAAAUCAAAAAUAAUAUAUCACAUGAAGAUUCAUACAGGAGAGAAACCAUAUCACUGUUCAGAGUGUCUUAAAAAAUUUUCAGAAAAAUCAAAUCUAAUAUAUCACAUGAAGAUUCAUACAGGAGAGAAACCAUAUCACUGUUCAGAGUGUCUUAAAGAUUUUUCACGAAAAUCAGAUCUUAAAAUACACAUGAGGAUUCAUACUCGAGAGAAACCAUAUCACUGUUCAGAGUGUCUUAAAAAAUUUUCCCGAAAAUCAGAUCAUCAAAAACACAUGAGGAUUCAUACUGGAGAGAAACCAUAUCACUGUUCAGAGUGUCUUAAAGAUUUUUCACAAAAAUCAAGUCUAAAAAUACACAUGAGAAUUCAUACAGAAGAGAAACCAUAUCACUGUUCAGAGUGUCUUAAAGAUUUUUCAACAAAAUCAAAUCUAAAAAUACACAUGAGGAUUCAUACAGGAGAAAAACCAUAUCACUGUUCAGUGUGUCUUAAAGAUUUUUCACAAAAAUCAAGUUUAAAAAUACACAUGAGGAUUCAUACAGGAGAGAAGCCAUAUCACUGUUGAGUGUGUCAACAGGUAAAAGUCUGGAUGUCAAUUAAGUUUAGUAAGACACAUGAAGCUUUUUGUAGAAAAACAAUAGCAUUACCUUUUUAUUGUGACUUUACACAAUUUAAAUGUAGUUAUUCUUAAUAGUUGCAAAGUACAGAAGUAACAGAACCCAUUCAGUGACAACGGUUUUAGAGUCAAGACAUUUUCCACCACCCUAGAAAGACCGAGUUCUGGGAUGAUUUUUGUUGCUCUGUGGAACUUUGUCCAAAGCAUAUAUGUCCUUCUUAAGCUUAGGUUUUCUUUCCUGGAUACAACUCUCCAAAUGGUGGUGCACCAGAAACUUGUACAUUUAAAUAACUACAGUGGAAUCUCGGUUUUCAAAUUUUUUAGUUCUCGAGCUCAAUUUCUUCGAAAAGUUUCGACUCAGUGCUCGAAGUUUGCCUCGGUGCUUUAGUUUGUUGAUAUACGUAUGGGCGAACCGAGCACAUGGCGCACUUCAGUUUACCAGUACCUCCCAACUAGUGAUGACCGUGCUUUAAUUCUUUGUGAACAAUUUCAUUGUUUUUGUGUUUUUUUUUGGUUUCUGAACAUAAAAGUUCUUAUAUAUCAUGCCAUGGGUUCCAAGAAACUCAGUGUUAAAGCUCAACCUAAGAAAAACAUUGGGAAAAGCAAGUGUCUAUAGAGAGAUUCUUAGUAAGACAAGCAAGCAAGCAGUAAGCCACAACCAGGUCCUAGUGGUAUGCAUGCAAAAUUUGAGAGAGAGAGUACCCCAGAAAUGUCAUCUCUGCUGUAAUAAUGGAAGGGGACUCCCCUUCCAAACACUAACGCCUCUUCUCCUACCCCUUUCCUCACUGUCUCCUAUACACCAACAAGAGUCCUCAAUAUAGGUAAGGUACCUAUGAGUAUUAUUCUGUAUAAAACGUAUUUUCUAGGGGAGCCCCGUCGGCUCCCGGAGCUAUUCCGGCUGAUAUUGCUGAUGUCAGACUUUGGCAGCAGUUAUGUGUAUGGAGUUCUUUAGGCCUACCGGGGACCAUGAGCCAGAACCUGGCCCCCUCAGAGAGGCACGAGGAGCAAUGACCUAUAGAAACCUUCGUAUGGAGGCAGAGGUCAUGUGCUUUGACUCCAGAUCUAGUCUCGGCUCUGUGCCUUGUGGUGUGGUGACGGCUUUCUUAUAGGGUAUGCACAAGCUAGUAGUAUAUUUCUUCAGUACUCGGGCUGCAUGCGCCUAGGGUUCACUUCCCUAGGUGCCCGGUAAGUGCUGUCCUUGGGGAUUGGGGACACCUUCCACAAGUUCCUUAGGUCUGCCUCUGCUUGGUCGUUGCUUGGUUUUCGUCCACCCUUUGUGUGCUAGGGUGUUCUGGCUCCCUGGUUCGCCUUAGGGUAACAGGCAGUUUGUACUGGUAGGGGCACAGGGUACUGCGCAGCUUGUUUUCAUCAUUCAUAGCGGCUAGCUCUGUUCUGCCUGGUUACGCUGUCCUCUUGCAUUGUUUUCUUUUUGUUGCCUAUCUGGUGGGUUGGGGGGGAUGUCUGCCUUGGUUGUUGCCCCCUGUGUACUGAGUAUGCUUAUCUGUUCUGGUGGUACCCCCGGCUAGGUCCCUGUGAGUGUACACGUCCCUGGGGUUCAGUUACUUUGAAAGCUGUUUGAUAGAAUUGGGCGCUGCUUAGCAGUACCUUGCCUGGGCUUCCCUGAUCGUGAGUUCCAUCUCAGGACCCUGGGAAUCCCCACAGGGGCAUGCGGAUUCGAUGGAUGUGACCCUUCAUUCUCCCCCCUUCGCUUUGUGCAAGUUUGAGUGUUACUCUGUCUCCUAGUCUCAGGGUGACUCUCACUGUUUUUGACUCGGUCAAGCUGCAUGUUGGGUCAGUGACACUUUCGACCCGGAGUCCUGCGAGUUUUGUUGUUUGCUUGUGACUCAGUUUACCCAGUUUACUGUUGACAUUAUACGGGUACAGGCGGUGCAAGCGUUGCAUGUUAGGUUUAGGUUGUUGCAACUCGCUAGGUUGAUUGCUGCGCCGGAAGCCCCAAGGCUGCCCUGUUUUGCUUAUAGGGACCCGGACUUAGGGGUGUUGGUCGCUUCGGCCUUGGUUCAGUCUGCGUCCUCCUCGUCCUUUCCCUGUUGUGGUUCGAUCUGGUCCCCCCCCCUCUUUUCUCUGCUUUCGGCUCUGAAACAUCUGAGGGUUUCGGAGUCGGGGCAGGGUUUAGAGGGUCUUGAGACUUGGUCAGUCUUGGGGAAUGCCCCUUCCGGAGUAGCGAUGGAGGCAUUCGAGUCGUUUCCCUGCUGAAGUAUCUGGGUCUGAAUGGUGGGCCCCCUUCCAUCCGGC